AUGGUGCGGUCUGGCGUUUCGGCAGGCCUGAUGGCUGCCGCCAACGCCGCCGCAGCGGGCGGGGCGCAUCGGCUAGCCUUUGACCGGCGCUUUGUCGAGGCUCUUGGAAAGAGCAUCGGCGUCAUCGGCGCGUCGGAGAUUGGCGACAAGACCUUCUUCAUCGCAGCAAUCAUGGCCAUGCGGCACCCGCGGCUGACGGUGUUCACGGGUGCCCUCGCGGCUUUGGCCGUGAUGACGGUGCUGGCAGUGGCGCUGGGGUGGGCGGCGCCGGCGCUGAUCCCCAAGGUCUACACGCACUAUGCCGCCACCGCGCUCUUCUUUUUCUUCGGCUUCAAGACGCUUUGGGACGCGUACCAUCACGAGGAGGGCGAGUCGGAAUUGGAAGAAGUGGAGAAGGAGCUGGCGGAGGGCAGCGGGGGCAGCGGCGACAAGCUGGUGUCGUAUACCAAGGACGAGGGCGCGGAGAGGGGCUUCCGGCCGGCCAACCCGCUGCAGGCGGGGCUCGGCCGUGCGGGGCGCGCGCUGUCGUGCCUCCUGUCGCCGAUCUUCCUGAAUGCGUUCGUGCUGACCUUCUUGGCCGAGUGGGGGGACCGCAGCCAGAUCGCGACAAUCGGCCUCGCCGCAUCCUCGGACGUCGUCGGCGUCACCCUCGGCUCCAUCGUCGGCCACGCGGCGUGCACGGCGGCGGCGGUGCUCGGCGGGCGCCACCUGGCGACCCACAUUAACGAGAAGACAGUCGGGGUGGGCUGA